CGCCCGCCCUCGCUCGCUCGCUCGCUCGCGCUCCCCGCCCGCCGCCCUCCGUCGGUUCUCUCGGUUAGUCCGCCGUCGCCUCUUCAGCUGCCCGCCUUCGUCUCCGAGCUUGCCACUCGCGGACAGGCGUCGUCGGUGUGAAGAGGCUGGACUCGGGAAUCCUCGCUUGAGCCUUCUACCUGAGAAGUUCAAGGUACUUUGUUUAACUUCUGUCACAUAAACCAUAAUUUUGCACCGCAUAUAUAAGAGAUGGCUGCCAUCCGAAAGAAACUUGUGAUUGUUGGUGAUGGAGCUUGUGGCAAGACAUGCUUGCUCAUAGUCUUCAGCAAGGACCAGUUCCCAGAGGUUUAUGUGCCCACUGUGUUUGAGAACUAUGUGGCAGAUAUUGAAGUGGAUGGAAAGCAGGUAGAAUUGGCUUUGUGGGACACAGCUGGGCAGGAAGAUUAUGAUCGCCUGAGACCCCUCUCCUACCCAGACACUGAUGUUAUACUGAUGUGUUUCUCCAUUGACAGUCCUGAUAGUUUAGAAAACAUCCCAGAAAAAUGGACUCCAGAAGUUAAGCAUUUCUGUCCAAACGUGCCCAUCAUCCUGGUUGGAAAUAAGAAGGAUCUUCGGAAUGAUGAGCACACAAGGCGGGAGUUAGCUAAGAUGAAGCAGGAGCCAGUAAAACCUGAAGAAGGCAGAGAUAUGGCCAAUAGGAUUGGCGCUUUUGGGUACAUGGAGUGUUCAGCAAAGACCAAAGACGGAGUGAGAGAGGUUUUUGAAAUGGCCACAAGAGCCGCUCUGCAAGCCAGACGUGGGAAGAAAAAAUCUGGGUGCCUUGUCUUGUGAAACCUUGCUGCAAGCACAACCCUCACGCGGUUAAUUUUGAAGUGCUGUUUAUUAAUCUUAGUGUAUGAUUACUGGCCUUUUUCAUUUAUCUAUAAUUUACCUAAGAUUACAAAUCAGAAGUCAUCUUGCUACCAGUAUUUAGAAGCCAACCAUGAUUAUUAAUGAUGUCCAGCCCGUCUGACACUGCUCUAACAGCCCUCUCUGCACUCCACCUGACACACCAGGCGCUAAUUCAAGGAAUUUCUUCUUGCUUCUUUCUAGAAAGAAAAAUGGUAACUUUUGUGAAUUAGGCUGUAACUACUUUAUAACUAACAUGUCCUGCCUAUCAUCUCUCAGCUGCCAGGAACUCUGGUGAGUCACCACUUGAGAGCUUUUAUUCCUUAAUAGAUUUCAUCGGCACAGCUCUGGGUGGACAUCUAGUUUUUUUUGAAAAUGUACUCAAGCCAGAGAGGCAAGUCCAUGGCAGCUGUGGCAGUUACAGUUCUGUGGUUUCAUGUUAGUUACCUUAUAGUUACUGUGUAAUUAGUGCCACUUAAUGUAUGUUACCAAAAAUAAAUAUAUCUACCCGAGACUAGAUGUAGUAUUUUUUGUAUAAUUGGAUUUCCUAAUACUGAUACUUGUCAUUCCCACCAAAAAAAAAAAAAGUGUAUUGGUUUUUUAAGAAAACAAAAAAAUGAGUGUAUCUGGAAAUAAAGUCAGAUGGAAAAAUUCAUUUUUAAAAUUCCCGCUUUGUCAGUUUCUCUGAUAAAAUGUGGCCAUAUCACUGAAAGCAGCCCCUCCCUCAUCCCAGUGCCCUCUUCUGGAGCUGGGCUACGGAUACAGGAUUUGGUCUCACGCCUGAGGCAAUUAGACACACAGCCUUUUUCACCUGGACUGCAGGGUCUGGCUCUAAUUCACAGUGCUCCUUUCUUACUGUAUCCAGGUUCCCUCCCACAGGAGCCACCAGUUCUCAUGAGAGACAUUGGGGGUUCUCUUCUCUCCAGCUGACUAAACUUUUUUUCUGUACCAGUUAAUUUUUCCAACUAAUAGAAUAAAGGCAGUUUUCUAAACUUCCUGUA